AGAGGAGAGACUAUUAUUUUCGGUCUCAAAGCCUCUAAAAUAAAAAUGCCUGUGGAAAAACUGACUAUGGAAUUCUGAAACAAACAGCAUUUUAAGAAAUCAUUAUUUUUGUACUUUUUAUGAAGUCACAUCGGAACUGCACUUCAGAUUUCGGACAGGUGACAGAAUGAACAUCCUCCUAACCUCCUCACUGCUGGGUGCAGUUGUUCUCCAAGCUGCUACAGCUGCAGAGACUCUGAAGGUCAGCGUGUAUGUGUGGCCUCCGGGGUCAAACGUCUACCUUGGUGAGUGCGUGUUGCUGCAGUGCUCAGUGGAGUCAAACUCCAGCUUUGUGUGGAGCUAUGGGUGGUUAAAGCACAGCCCACAUGCUGAUCCUCCGACCCCAAACCCCAGGCACCUGGUCUUAGGGGACAGCUACUCCAUCACCGCAGUAACGAGGGAGGACACCGGCAGCUACCAGUGCCAAGCCAGGCGAUGGGACAGCAACAGCUCUUCAGUGGAGUUCCUCAGCCAGACGGCCACACUCAGUGUGUCAGAGCUGCCUUCAGCCUCACUCCUGACCCUGACUCCCAGCACCAGACAGUUUUUCAGAGAGGAACGUUUCACUGUGCAGUGCCCCGUGUCUCAGACUAACUCCUCAGGCUGGAGGCUGAAGCGCUUCCCUCCCAUCUCUGGAGUGAGGCCCAGAGUCUCCCACACUGACCCGUAUUCACUACCAGGGGGUGCUGUUAGUGUGGGCAGGUCUGACCGGUUUGAGUUCACUGCAGACAGCGGGAACAGUGGACUGUACUGGUGUCAGGGGGCCAAGGGCCGCAGCAACGCAGUCUACAUCACAGUGAGCUAUGGCACCAUCAUCUUGAAGACUCCUGCCUUCCCUGUUUUUGAGGGUGAUAAAGUGGUCUUGGUUUGUCAGUACUGGGUAGGCAAUCACAGUAAAACAACCUUCUUUAAAAACGGAGCAGAAAACUUCACUUCCCCCGGUUCAGACAGAGUAAUAAAGAUGACUUUAGAGAAUGUGACACAGGAAGAUGAAGGCUUCUACAAGUGUGCGUCCCAGGACAGAACGAUGGAGAGUCCAGAGGCUUGGUUACCAGUGAGUCCACACCGAGGCAAUUUCACAUCAACAGACGAGAGAGCCGCUUCCAAUAGUGGCUCCGGGAAAUGGGUCAUUGUUUCAUGUGGAGUUCUUCUUCUUUUCCUCAUUCCUGUAACCGUUUGGUUGCUCCAUCACUACAGGUUUUGCACCUGUAGGUGUUGGCCGUUUUCCAAAGAGCGACUACAAGCUGUGGAGCUUCCUGCAACCAAGCAGGACGUGACGGAGGUGCAGUGGGACCUGUCCUGGAUGGAGAUGUCCAAUUUGUUGGAUAAACAGUUAUUUCCUGGAACUUAAUGAAUCCCGCUUGAAGCAUAUAAACAAAAUACUAAAUUAAAGGUCCCAUUUCAUGGCCAUUUCUACUGAUCAUAUUUCCAUUGUUGAGGUCUACUAGAAUAGAUUUACAUUGUGCAAUUUUCCAAAAUCACAUUGG